ACCAAAAAAUGCAUGUAAAAAACACAGCGAUAUAAAAAACGCUUUAUGAGUUACUGCAUCGAUUCAUUACCUGUCGAAUUCGCGACCUUAUUAUUUAUCGUGAUCGUCAUAGUUUCUUGCUGGGGCAGCACUGCUCAGCUUAGCUGGUCUAAGUGAGCAGUUUACGGCCGGACCGUUAUUCAUACUUGUACAUAAUUUUUUUUUAUUCUUCGCUAGCAGUUUCCCUGAUUACAAUGCAUCAUUUUGUUCCUCUCUUUCCAAUCUUUACUAUUCUUCACAUCGGAAAAAUCGGAGCGUCUCGGGAGUACUCGCGACCUUCACCAUCGUACAGUUCGUACAGCGCACCGGUGUACCGCUCCCCUCCGUCGUAUUCUCCGCCUCCUUCUUCAUACAACUCAUACAGAUACAGUGCACCGGCGGUGAACCGCUCGCCUCCAUCGUAUUCUCCUCCCGUUAACUCGCAAAGAAGCAGACCGGAUUUUUCCCCAGCGUCCAGACCAUCCUUCGGCUCUAGCUCACAGUCAAACGGUUUCCGUGCGCCAGCUCCCGUUGCUUCGCGGCCCAGUGAUGGGAAUGGAGAUGCCGGAUCGUCCAAUUCCCGUUCACGUCCAUCCAGCUCCGGCUCCUCCUCUUCAACCAAUUCAGGUCCCGUAACUUCUGGAGGGACCCGAAUCCGCCAACCGAGCGUCGAUGGAAACGUCCAACCGUCUGUGGGGAAUCCUGCUGAUAAAAGGGUACGAACCCCAGCAGAAAACCCAGCACCGUCGUCGGCUAAGAACGUCGUGAGUCGACCUGGUCCGCCAAAAGACACCGGCGCUUUUUCGUCAUCCAAGGAUCUUCUGCGCAAACCAGAGAUUACGGGUGCCCGAAGUGUCCGUAACCCUGAAAAUCGUCCAACGGUUCCGGUCAGCGUCGCUGGUGGAUCAAAGCUGACUGAAGAACAAAACAAUCUCCUCAAACGCCUGAAUGGUCGUACACCUGGCGCCGUGCGGGACAUCAAUAAUCUCAUCCGAACACGGCCGAACGAAGCGCGCAACAUUCUCAGCCGGGUGCCGGCUAACGAACUGGCCAAGCUCAUUGCAUCCGGGAGUAAACGUGGCAAUGUCCGAAAACGAGACCACGAAAAAAGGAAGGAGAACUGAGAAACCAGGAAAAGACGCCACGGUGGCGCCGCAAUCCGGGAACACCAGAACGCGACCAACGCCACCUGGCCCGCCAACGGAUGCCACAACCCCUCAGCCCCCAGGUUGCAAAGAUUGUAGCACCCCACCGCCAUGCAAGGGCCGUAACUGUCCUCCUCCGCCCAUAACAUACCCACCGCCCAACCCGACCACACCAUUUCCCGACCCCGGUUGGCUGCAUAAAUACUGCUGGUCCUUUCUAAGUCCGGGUUAUCCAUAUUGCUAUGAUUAUUUCAAUAUCGGGAGUACCGGGGAUGCGGGUGCGGUGCGGUAUUCGGGGGCGUCUUGUCCGAUUUCGCAGUUUCAGUGCGACAAUGCGCAUUGUGUCUACCGAAGCCAGUUGUGCAACGGUCAUAACGAUUGUGGAGACAAUUCGGAUGAAGGACCGCGGGCGAAUUGUUCCCCGAAGGUCAGUGCUCCAGUUGGACUGAAAACCGGAAUCAGGCAUGGAAACGAAACGUCGGCGGUAUUGGCCACCGCGGACCAGCUUGCCCAGAUGAUAGCGUUAGCCAAUAAAAAGUCAUAAAGCGUUGGACACUUCUACCCUAAAGUAGUCGUAUGGCAGUAUAUCAGUAUGUAUCCAAAAUAUAGAAUAAUUUUUAUAAUUAAGGUCUGAGUGAGCCUUGACUGAUUUCGUUUUGAAUGGCACGGCCGGUAGUACUCGUACUCUGCGUAACCGUAGCCCGCUUUCGAUCUCGUUUUGUCUUUUUUCUUUGCUUCGCCUUACUGGCGGUGCCAAACGCUUGAAAUUUGUACUUAUUUGACACAGUUUGCUUUGGGGCACACUGUUAUUACGUUUUUCUAGAUGGACUCAUGUGUACAUGUACGCAUUAAGUAUCUAGUUACAGAACUGCAUCUUGAUAUUAUAAAAAAAAG